GCCCCGCGCUCCAGUCUGCUGACACAACAGGACAGUCCGCUCCAGCUCCGAGUCCCGGACUACAUGUGGAUCAGAACCCGAGAGGCGCAGAUCCAUCAGCCCAUGCGGAUAGUUUAGCGCCACAUCGGCCCCCUCCUGCAUGACCACGGAUCAGCACUGAAGGACCCCGGAGAGCCAGAGAACGAAUCCUGGCCUUGGCUCAGCUAGUGUGACCGGCGAAUGAGCCUUGUUCAUGCGUCUCCCUGCGUGCCACUCCCACACCGCCAUGAACUGUGAGCAGGACUUUGGAGACGGGGGCUUGGGAGUGACCCUGACACUACGACUGCUCAUGCACGGAAAGGAAGUUGGCAGCAUCAUUGGAAAGAAAGGAGAGACUGUGAAACGAAUACGAGAAGAGAGCGGCGCACGAGUCAACAUCUCCGAGGGCUCGUGUCCGGAGAGAAUCAUCACCAUCACGGGCUCCACCGACAGCGUCUUCAGAGCUUUCACCAUGAUCACAUACAAACUGGAGGAGGACUUGACGGUGCUGGUGGCCAACGGCACCAUCAGCUCCAAGCCUCCAGUCACUCUGCGGCUCGUCAUCCCUGCCAGCCAGUGCGGCUCGCUUAUUGGGAAAGGAGGCGCAAAGAUAAAGGAGAUCAGAGAGAGCACAGGAGCUCAGAUACAGGUGGCCGGGGAUUUGCUCCCCAACUCUACGGAGCGAGGGGUGACGAUAUCUGGGAAUCAGGACUCUGUAAUCCAGUGUGUCAAGCUCAUCUGCACAGUAAUCCUGGAGUCUCCACCUAAGGGUGCCACCAUCCCUUACCAACCGAGCCCUUCCCCAGCUGCUCUCCUCAUCGCAGGGAACCAGAUUUUUGAAGCCUCAGAAUUCGCCCCCCAUCCUCUGUACACAAUUACCCAGGGUGGCCUGGACCUCCAGCAGGCCUACACCUUGCAAAAUCAAUAUGGCAUUCCACACUCAGAGCUGGCCAAACUGCACCAGCUGUCGAUGCAGCGAGGCCUGAGUCCCAUCGCCCAGCCUGCCUCGACAAUCAUGCCCGGUAUGUGCGCUGUAAUACAAGUCGGGAUGGACCCAACUUCUCAGACAUCCCAGGAGCUUCUUAUUCCCAAUGACCUGAUUGGCUCAAUCAUCGGUCGUCAGGGAACCAAGAUCAACGAGAUCCGACAGGUGUCAGGAGCUCAGAUCAAAAUUGGCAGCCAGCUGGAUGGGACGAGCGACCGCCACGUCACCAUCACAGGAACACCAGUCAGCAUCAACCUGGCCCAGUACCUCAUUACCUCCUGUUUAGAAACAGCAAAGUCCACAGCCCAAGCAGCCACCAUGGCAUCUUCAGUCGACCUCAACAUGGCUUUCACCCAGCCCACCUCCCCAGCUGCCUCGCCCGCUCCCACCCUGGCCACCGUGGGCACGCUAGCCCCAACUCACAUGCUCAGCACGCCGUACGGUGCCAUGCCACUCUCCGGGCUACUGGGGGUGAAAUCCGUUCCCUUUCUGACUCUGUCCAGCCCGGCCCCCACCGUGGCUGCCACAGCAGCGCCGUCCCACACCAACUUGGCUGCGUACACCACCAAAAUCUCCUCAGCAAACUGCAUCAAAAAGCCGGAGAGACAGAAGUUUGCUCCCUACUGACGAAACGAAGCCCCGGUGUGUUUGAACGGACAGCUGCAGUGUUCUUUUAAAUAAUUAUUUAAAAACGAACAAAAAAAGGGGUGAUGUAGCCAUAUUCACUGGAAGAGAUGCUCCUGAGUUGUUCUACGAUGCACCAAUGGAGACCAGUGGAUGAUGCCAUUAAAGGUUAUUUACAAUUAUAGAUGAUUUGUCAGUUUCCCAUAGA